AUGAAGAUGAUGUGGAGAUUGUGUUUAAUCUUCUCCCUUUUCAACUCGGUGUUUGGUUCUGCUUCUCUGGUAAGACACUUGUGUCGUCCAGACCAGAAGGAUGCUCUUUUGGAGUUCACGAGUGAAUUCCAUUUUGAUAGGACGGCUGCUGGUCAGAUAGCGACGUGGAGAAACAAGACUGAUUGCUGUUCUUGGGAUGGUAUCUCUUGUGAUGAUAACACGGGUAUGGUCAUUGAGUUAGACCUCAACUGCUUUGGCUUCUGGGUCAGUUGUCUCAGUGGCCCUUUGAGAUCUAAGAGUAGUCUGUUUAGACUACAACACCUACAGAGCCUUGAUCUUCGUCGGAAUCGAUUUUUUAGUGUUCUACCAGAUUCCAUCGGCAACCUCAAAUAUUUAAGGGUUUUGAAACUUGGCGAAUGCAAUUUAUUUGGAAAGAUUCCUUCUUCAAUCGGAAAUCUUUCUUAUCUCACUGAUCUUGAUCUUUCUCAGAAUGAUUUCACCGGUGAACUACUGGAUUCGAUUGGCAACCUCAAGUAUUUGAGGGUUUUGAAUUUUUCCAAUUGCAAUUUAUUUGGAAAAAUUCCUUCUUCAAUCGGAAAUCUUUCUUAUCUCACUGAUCUUGAUCUUUCGUAUAAUAAUGAUUUCACCGGUGAGCUACCGGAUUCGAUGGGCAACCUAAACCGGCUGAAAAAAAUGGAACUUGGCUACAACAAGCUCGGUGGUAACUUUCCUCUUCCGCUACUCAACUUGACCGAGCUCACCUUCAUCUACCUUGGUUCUAACCUGUUCAAAGGUAUGCUCCCGUCUAACAUGAGUAGCCUCUCUAAAUUGGAGGUUUUCUAUAUAGAUGGAAAUUCAUUUCAUGGAUCUGUUCCAUCGUCUCUCUUAAUGAUCCCUUCAUUGACCAACCUUGACCUGGGAACAAACCACUUCAACGGUACUCUUGACAUUGGGGGUAUCUCUUCACCAUCUAAACUAGAAAGAUUGAUCCUUGGAGAUAACAAUUUCAGUGGACCAAUCCCGGUUUCUAUAUCGAAACUAGUCGGCCUCCAGUAUCUUGACCUCUCUUUCUGGAACACAGGGAGGGGCCUUGUCGAUUUCAACAUCUUCCUUCAUCUCAAGUCACUUGAAGACUUGGCUUUGUCAUCCUGCAAUAUUUCUGAGUUUCCCAAAUUUAUACAAAACCAAACAAGACUGAGGUCUUUAGACAUUUCUACGAAUCGAAUUGAAGGCCAAGUACCAGAGUGGUUAUGGAGUCUGCCAGAGUUGGAGUACGUAAACAUUUCUCAGAAUUCUUUUAGUGGUUUCGAAGGAUCAGCGGAUGUCAUUCAAAAAAGUGACAACUUAUUCUUACUUGAUAUAAGUUCCAACAAUUUUCAGGAUCUUCCUUUAUUACCAAAGUCUUUAAACCACUUCUUAGGCUCCGAAAAUGGGUUUUCAGGAGAGAUUCCUGUGGCAAUAUGCGAAUUGUUUGUUCUUGGUACUCUUGUUUUAUCAAACAACAACUUCAGCGGUUCCAUUCCUCGGUGUUCCGAGAAUUUUACUCUUCUUUGGGUCUUGCAUCUUCGGAAUAACAGUCUCUCUGGUAUUCUUCCAGAGGAAGCUAUCGGUGGUGUUCACUUGAAAUCACUUGAUGUUGGUGGCAACAAGCUAUUAGGAGAACUCCCUAAGUCUCUGAUCAAUCGCACUUCUCUCGAGUUUCUGAACGUGGAAGACAACAACUUCAAUGACACGUUUCCUUUUCACUUGGGAUUACUGCCUGAUUUGCAGAUUCUUGUCCUUCGUUCUAACGAGUUCCAUGGGCCAUUAUCUUCUCCUGGGGAUUCUUUGAGUUUUCCCAAGCUGCGAAUCUUCGACAUUUCAGAAAAUCGCUUCACUGGAGUCUUGCCAUCAGAUUAUUUUGCAGGUUGGGAUGCAAUGUCAUCAUUGGUAGAUUAUCGGAUUAGGUUUGAUUAUCUUUCAGAAUCCUAUCAUAAAUCGGUGGGUCUAACGAACAAAGGGUUGAAGAUGGAGCUCGUUGGGAGUGUUUUCACAAUGUACAAAACCAUUGACGUCUCUGGAAACAGAUUCCAAGGAGAUAUUCCAGAAUCCAUCGGUUUACUCAAGGAACUGAUUGUGCUCAACAUGUCAAACAACGCUUUCACUGGCCGUAUUCCACCAUCUCUAGGAACUUGA